CCAAACCUCAUGGCUGCCUGUGAUGCGUCUCUCUCUCUCUCUUUCUCUCUCUCUCUCUCCUGCCUCUCCUUCCCCACCCUCUCGGGGGAUUUUAAAAAUGCAGUUAUUUGAAUUUUGGUGAGUGGUAAAGAGCCCCUGCCCUGGCUAGGACCCAUUUGACAAAUGAGAGCAGCCAAAUAGCUUGAAUCUCUCUCUCUCUCUCUCUCUCUCCCUCUCUCUCUCUCUCUCUCUCUCUCCCUCUCUCUCUCUCCUUCUGUACAAGACAGAAGCUUGUAUUGCAGAGAGAGCAGGAGUGGGGGGGGGGGGGAAACCAGGUUUCACUCUCGGGCUGACAUUGAGGGGGAGCCCAAGUCGCUUGGCUUACAAGCUGUAGGCUGCAUUUGCUUUUUGAUUAUAAUUAAAUCCCCCCCCCCUCCUUCUCCAUUCCACCUCUCUCAGGUCUUUUUCCUUGAUUUUUUUUUUAGAGGUGAGGUGAAGAAAUUGCACCCAAUGGCCUUCUCUUGACAAAUGAAUGUAGGGCUUUAGCAGUGGGGUGUUUGGGGCGGGCAGCGGCCACCCAAAGGUGCCCCAAGAUCAGCAUAAGGCGUUGGGGGGGGAGGUCAGGGGGUGUUUUUGGAGUGAGAAAGAGAGAGGGUGGUUGUUGGGUGGGGGGGCAGCAAAGACAGAGAGAGAGAGAGAAAGAGAGAGAGAGAGAGAAAUAAAUAACCAAGCCUUGUACUGAGGAAGCGGGAGCCGCUAGCUCGCAUGCAAGCCCCGUCACUUGCCCUGCGUCGCGUUCACAGCAGCAACAUGCAACAUCCUCUGACGGGAGCAACUUGUGUGGCGCUUCCGAAUGUCGGUAUGUGUCCCCAGCUGUCCUGUGCCUUGACAUUUAUGUACUUACAGCAGGGUAAUCAGGAAGCAACAGCUCCUCCUGACUCAAUGGCACAGCCUUACGCCUCGGCCCAGUUUGCUCCCCCCCAGAACGGCAUCCCGGCAGAAUACACCGCGCCCCACCCCCACCCCACCCCAGACUACGCCGGCCAGACAACAGUCCCAGAGCACACGUUAAACAUGUACCCACCUGCUCAGACGCACUCCGAACCCAACGCAAGCGACGCCAACGCACAGACUGUCUCAGGCACGGCCACGCAGACAGAUGAUGCAGCACAGACCGACGGCCAGCAACAGACACAAACCUCGGAAAACACAGAAAACAAAUCGCAGCCCAAACGGCUGCAUGUUUCAAAUAUACCCUUCAGGUUCCGGGAUCCGGAUCUCAGACAAAUGUUUGGGCAAUUUGGUAAAAUCUUAGAUGUUGAAAUUAUUUUUAAUGAGCGAGGCUCUAAGGGAUUUGGUUUCGUUACUUUCGAAAAUAGUGCUGAUGCCGAAAGGGCGAGGGAGAAAUUACACGGCACCGUGGUAGAGGGCCGUAAAAUCGAGGUAAAUAAUGCGACAGCCCGCGUCAUGACAAACAAAAAGGCCGUAAAUCCAUAUACAAACGGUUGGAAAUUGAAUCCAGUUGUUGGUGCCGUGUAUAGCCCAGAAUUCUAUGCAGGCAGGGUGCUGCUGUGCCAGGCAAACCAGGAAGGAUCGCCCGUGUACAGUGCCCCCAGUUCACUAGUAUACACCUCCACAAUGCCAGGUUUCCCUUAUCCUGCCGCCACCGCAGCUGCUGCGUACAGAGGCGCACACCUAAGAGGCCGGGGACGUACCGUCUACAACACGUUUCGAGCAGCCGCUCCACCUCCCCCAAUUCCAGCUUACGGCGGUGUUGUUUACCAGGAUGGAUUUUAUGGUGCAGACAUUUAUGGUGGCUAUGCUGCCUACCGGUAUGCCCAGCCCACCGCAGCCACCGCAGCUGCCUACAGUGACAGCAGCUCCUGUGACGCGGUAUGCCUCAGCACGCAUGUGAAGAAGCCUCCUGCACCAAUGUGGCAUGAUGACAUCGUUGCGCCAGGCUGGUGUAAUGGGCAUGUGCCGCAGGGCCUAUUGCAUCACAGACCACUCCAGAGUUGCCGGAAUGCCCUAGAACAUGCUGGAUUCCAAAAUCAAUUCGUCUUCGUUGCAACAGAUGAAAUUUCUUGUAACACCUCUGCAGUUACGGACGACUUUAUGCUGCAGACCCCUACCACCACACACUUACUCCCGCAACCACCUACGGCGUUGGUGCCGUGGCUAGUAUAUAUCGAGGGGGAUACAGCCGGUUUGCUCCAUACUAAAUGACAAAAACCAUAAUACCCUUCCAAUGUGGGGGGAAAAGGAAGCUUCCCGAGGCCUGGGUAUUGCAAUACAUGCAGUAGUGCAUCAUUUUAGCAACUCUAAACAAAACAAAACUAAAAAGAGGAAAAAAAUCUACAUUUUUUUAUCUGAUACCUCAGAUAUUUUGUUCUGUGUAUUUUAAUAUUGUGGGUCUUUUAAUUUCCGAAGGUUACAUAGUUCGCUGACUGUAGAAAGUUCUGAUUUUGUUCUUAUGAAUUAUUAUUAUUAUUAUUAUUAUGAAAUUAUUAUUUAUUUUCAUUGUUGUGGUUGAUCUAGAAAGCUGCUAGAAAUGAAUUUUCAAAAAAAACAAAUACUGUUCUGGGGGGGCCACAAUCAAGACUGCUAUAUCAUGUAAAUGAAUUAUAUAUGCUGAAUAUUAAGCUAUUGGGACGUCCUCACUUGUUUUGUAAAAGUGUAAGUGACAUAUCUUUUUUCUUUUCCUGCAUCAAACAUUUAUUUUCGUUCUUCAAAGGAAGGGGGGGAGAGGAGAGGCGGGGAAUGCGAAAGUGGGGUUCACCCAAGACACACUUCUGGUAGAUUUCAAAAGGGGACCCCCAUUCUGUACCUACUGUCCUUCCAUCAGCUGUCUCAUUUAGAUGAUUCACUGUUUCUUCAAAGCCAAAGGUUAUGUUGUUAAUUUUGAGAGGGGGGCAGGGGAGGGAGGGGGCAGAGAAGGAGGGGUGCUUGAACUGACACCUGUACAUACAAAUCUAAUUAAAAGCUGUCCGAGGCACCCUUUAUAAUGCAUUCCACCAGGCAGUAUUAAGCGCCAGUCAUAAACUAGGUUCUUUAGGCAAAAAAAGAGUAAAUAAAUAAAUAAAAUACCUGCUAAUUAAAUCAUGAACAAGCAUUCUUUUUUAUAUUUCUUCCAGUAUAAUAAAUUAUUGAUAUCAUUGCAGACUUUUAUAUUAUGGGAGGUUUAAAAUUAAUAAUAAUAAUAAUAAUGAUAAUAAUAAUAAUAAUAAAGGUGAAAAAGCACUGUUUCUAUUUUUUUUCUUUUUUUUCCAAAAAAAAAAGAAAGUAAUAAAAACUUAAAUUAUUUGUACCAGGUUAAAAAAAAGUGUAUAAAAAUUUACAUCUGUGCAGUGGAAUUAUCGCGUUUGAGAAAAAUGUACACACCUUAACGACGCUUUAGAGUUUCAAUCCAGUAGACCGACAGGUAGAGACAAACACGUUUAUCAUUUUUACAGAAUUUAAACACUACUCAUACUCAAAGAUUUAUAUAUGCAUUUUACAAGUAACUGCAACUAUGGAGUAGAGAUGACCAUGGUACCUUUCAUCUGCUUGGUACUUUUUGAAACAUGACCGUGUCGUGUAAGCAAACUGCAGUUUUUCAAGGUGUUUCAAGCCCCGCCCCCUCGUUCCAUUUCCAAACUCAAUGCCAUUCUAGUGGUAGUGGUUGUUAUUGUUAUUAUUAUUAAUCGGGCCCAAAGCAAAGCUGGGGAUGAGAUUACCCAAAACCAGAAAGCGGUGGUCCAGCGCUCCCCCCAACGCGGCAGCUUCUGGCACAGUUGAAAAAUUGCAGUUUGUCUGUGCAUAUGUUUGAAAAAAAAAAUCUUUCCAUGUUGUCCUGUUUACAAGUUAACCUAAUUUGGGGUGUUUGUCAGGGGUCUUAUUGUUUUUGUAUUUAAAAAAAUAAAUAAAAGCAGGAAAAAAGACCGUCUUGCCACGGUUUUGCUGCAGAUAGUUAUAUUCUCAUGUGUACUGUGCCAGCCCGAAAACAGGCGAGCACUUUAGGAUGAUCAAUUCACCGCUGUGAACCUGCCAACUCGCUAUAAACAAUUCUGCUUUUUAAAAAGUGUUUGUGACCGGGCUUUUUCUCUUUGUCAUCGUAAUGUGCAUGCAAUAUGAUCAGUUGAACAAUAUCCAUCAAUAAAGUUUCACAAGAUUUGAAAACGAGGUUUCUGGAGCAUUUCUAUCGAAAGGAUGAACAGUUAGUCAAGUCGCAUCAAAUCCAAACUGAGAGGGGAAACAUAGAGAGAGAGACGGGAGAAAGGGUUACGAAUGUUCAAAUUCAUUUUUUAAAAUGGCUGCUAAAAGUUCUCUUCCCUCAAGAGAAAAAACAGGCCAUGAUUUGAGUGGGGUCAAAUUUAACCCCCCCCCCCCAAAUCUCCCAUUCUGAUUCUAGGGUACAAUCCAGGGGAAUUUCCAGACUAAGUUCACUUGACAUACUUCCCCUGUGGUUUUUCAUUCAACAUCCUGUUACGUGUGCCUCAAUUCCAGGGGGGCGUUUAAAACCCUGAGGUGUUUCCAAAGUAAUGUGUAGUUUACAAUCAGGUGGAAAAGAGGCGAUGCAGGUGGGGAGGGGAAGCAAACAUCCCACAGUUCCCACAUUCAUAAAGAGUUGCCAGACCAAGGUUCAGAAUUUUUUUUUCCAAAAUGUAUUUUUGUGUAAUUUGUUUAAUCAGUGCUUUUCCAAAACCCCAGCCCCCAACCUGAGUUUAAGACUUAUUGUGCCUAGAAGUACAUUGUAAGAAUGAUUUGGGAUGGGGUCCAGCAUAUUAUGGGUAUGUAGUACCAGAGGGUGCUCCUGUGCCUGUCUCUCUGGACAGCCGAUUUUGCAUCUAAGGAGAAUGCGCUCUUCUGCGAGGGGGCAGGCACAUGAGACAUUUCACAGGCAUAGCAGGGCAAACAUGUCAGAGCAGAGGAAUUUAGAUCAUAAUCAUCAUGGCGGGGAGAGAAUGCUCACCAGAUAUCAAGUUCAAAAACAGGGUGCUUACAUAUGUAUCCUUCUUUUUGGAUCUUCAGCACAAAACUUUCCUGUACAAUGCACUUGGCAGAUAUAACCUGAUUUGUCUGUUUCCUCUCUGCUGCCUGAUCUUCAGGCUACUUAACUUUUUUUUAAUUCAAGGCACAGCAGGAGCAUUUGUUAAUUUAAACAUUUAUCAUGUUAAAGAGAUGAGUUUGUGACUGUACGGGUGUUGGCCAAUUGGUGCUGUGCAAAGCUGAACCAGUUGUAGACUGGUUUCUUGAGAUUGAUCUUAAGCAAAAAAAUUGUACGUCAGUACCCAUCAGGGCAAGUGCACUCUAACAAAGGCUUCAAACUUCCAAUAGUGUACAUCUGUAAGCACCCUAGAAUAUAUAUAUAUAUAUAUAUAAAUAUAAAAGAAAUUACUAUUAAAGAUUCUCACUGUGCACACAACAUCUCCCGCCAUGUAUGUAUGCGUGCGAGAAGGGAGGGGUUAUGUUGGUUUGCCAAUUUUAAUUAUGUGGUUAUAUCUCUCCUUUGGCCCCAUUCAUCAAUAAUUAUUUGAUGUUUAAUUCUGAGAGGUCACUGCAACUGGGUGAGAUUGCUAAAUGCUGUUGGAAAAUAUUUUUGUGAAAAAUCCUACAACACUCCGGUCAUUCAUUUUAUUCAAAUGUAUGUCUGAUAUAGAGAAUGGUUUUUUUCCAGUUAUAUAAAUUACUACUGAUACUAUGAAUUCUGAUUUAAAGAAAAUUAUUAAUACCAUAUGUAGAAUAUCGUGACUUCAAAACAGUUAAAAAACCUUAAAACCCAACAAGUGUGUAUAUCUGUCUUUAGAAAUUAGUGUUUAUAUCACUACAGUGGUUUGUGAAUAAAGAACAAAAAUGGUUUGUAAUAUUAAAAAUAAUAAAAGCUUAGUCUGAAAUGAUA